AUGAGUGAGAACCCACCUGCCAACCUCAGUGCUGGAGAACCUGCUGCAACUGGGCCCACCACACCACGCAAGGGGCCUCCCAAGUUCAAGCAGAGACAGACAAGGCAGUUCAAGAGCAAGCCCCCUAAAAAAGGAGUAAAAGGGUUUGGAGAUGACAUCCCCGGCAUGGAGGGACUGGGUACAGAUAUCACAGUGAUCUGCCCAUGGGAAGCUUUCAGCCAUCUGGAACUGCACGAGCUGGCCCAAUUUGGGAUCAUCUAA